CAAGCUUUGCCUGGGUAUAUCUAGGAGGGGCUAUAUUUCAUGAAUAUCUUUUUAAGACAGCCCGUCUUUAUCUCCAUGUCGUGUUUCUUCCGCCUGUUUUUUUUGGGUAGAUCAUAACAAGAAUGCGCAACAUACGAGAGAAUCGUUUUGAAACAAAAUAAUGCUGUUCAGUAGUGACACGUGAGAAGGGUAGCAGAGCAACGCUGCUAGCGGUUAGGGGACACGCGAGUGAUGCCGAGCUCUGUGCGGUAUAGAAAUAUUAGAGUCUCAAACAAUGCAAGUUCAUAAAGACUGAUAAAGGGCUGAUGCAGUACUGUCCCAGAAAAGGAAAGAUGCCCAGUGCAUACAAGUAAUGCAGUCAAAAGCAGCCUGGAUUGAUGAAACAAAAAAUUCCACAUUGGAGAACACUGAUGAACAGGUCAAGAUAUUGUUUCGUUAGAUUGCAACUGACAAAUCCUACAACAAAUUACAUUCCAUGCAUUCUGUGCAACACCAGGACUGAUCACUGCUGUACUGCCAAAACUACAGCUGAAACUGAGCACUAUUAACUGGGACUUGCAAAAGGGAUUAGGGGGAACUGAAGACUGUUGCAGCCAUGGCUCUGACUAAAAAGGUGCCUAUAGCUGCCCCUCCUGACGGAGGCUGGGGCUGGAUGAUUGUGGCUGGCUGUUUUCUUGUUACCAUCUGUACUCGCGCCGUCACCAGAUGCAUUUCAAUAUUUUUUGUUGAGUUCCAGUUGUACUUUGGUCAGGAUUACUCCAGAACGGCAUGGAUCCAUUCAUUAGCAGACUGUGCUACAAUGCUUUGUGCUCCACUGGGCAGUCUCAUUGCAAACCAUUUAUCUUGCCGGGUUGCCAUUAUUUUAGGAGGGAUUAUGGCAUCUAUUGGUCUUAUACUGAGUUCCUUCGCCACGAGUCUUGAAUACCUCUAUCUUACACUUGGAGUGCUUACUGGUGUUGGAUUUGCACUUUGUUACACACCAGCCAUUGCAAUGGUAGGAAAAUAUUUCUUCAAGAGGAAAGCUCUGGCUUAUGGUAUUGCAAUGUCAGGAAGUGGGAUUGGAACAUUUAUCCUGGCUCCAGUUGUACAGCUGCUUAUUGAACAUUACUCCUGGCGAGGUGCUCUUUUCCUUCUUGGUGGCCUUGUUGCAAAUCUUUGUGUCUGUGGGGCUUUAAUGAGACCUAUCAGCCUUAAAGAAGAAGAAAUUAAUGGCAUCCUCCCCACAGAUGAAGAAAAAAUAUACAGCAAACAACACAAUGAUCUAAGUGCCUUUUCUGUGUGCAAAACAGACCAUACAAGCAAAAAUGACUGCAACCGGAGUUGCCUUUGCUUGCAGUCACUGCAAGAGUAUAAAUUUCUUUUAAUGCCAGACUUUAUGGUUCUGGCAGUUUCCUUCCUUUUCUUGGCAUAUGGCUGCAGCAUUCCCUUUGUUUACCUGGUUCCCUAUUCUUUGAGUGUUGGACUGAGUCCUCAGCACGCUGCCUUUCUCAUGUCCGUAUUAGGUAUAAUUGAUAUCAUUGGAAACAUCACCUUCGGAUGGCUAACUGAUCGUAGGUGCUUGAAGAAAUAUCGUCAUUUUUGCUAUCUCUUUGCUGUGGGAAUGGAUGGCAUUUGCUGCCUGUUCAUUCCAGUCUUGCAGAGUUUUCCCCUCCUUGUGCCUUUUUCUGUGCUUUACGGUUAUUUUGAUGGAGCUUAUGUAGCCCUCAUGCCUGUGAUAACAUCAGAUGUUGUAGGCACCAAAUACCUGUCCUCUGCCCUUGGAGUAGUAUAUUUUCUUCAUGCAAUACCGUACCUUGUUAGUCCACCUAUUGCAGGACUGCUGGUGGACAACACAGGAACCUAUACAGCUGCAUUUCUUCAGAGUGGAUUUUCAAUGAUCUUCAGUUCAUUUUUAUUGGUCUCUGCUAAGCUAAUCAAGAAAUGUUUAACAAAUCGAUCAAAUUCUUCAUCCACUGGUUCAGAUACAAAACUUCAGAUUUUUGUAAAUAAUACAGAAAUGGACUACAGUGUAGCCAAAGGUGAAGAAUGCAAAAUGUAUUAAAAAAAACUCUCUCUCUCUGAGAUUUUUUAUCAAAAAAAAAAAAAAGUUCACUAAUGCAGAUUUUUAUGCUGCUAUUUUAUAUCAAAGUGCCAAAGUGAUAUUGAAGGGUUACACUACAAUAAACUGAUUUUGAUUACUUUUGUAAUGUUGCACACAUAAACAAUUGUUAUGUUUUUUCUGAGGUAAUGGGAUAGCCAGCUAUAUAUAUGAAACGUUGGACAAAAUUGAACAAGAAAGAGAAAUAAUGUUUACCUGAAAAAAUGCAAAUGUGCCUUUGUUAAUUUUAAAGUUAUUUUCAAUGUUUUUUCUAUAAAUACUGUAUCAUUUUUCAGCAGAGUAACAACUGUUCUGGGACCAGAACAUACAAAAUCUUAUUGUCUUGUCAUUUCAUUUCAUCCUGAUGUAUUUAUGCUUUAUUUUUUAAGAAGAUAACUUUUAUUCCCAAGUAGAUUUUUCAGUAUGUGUGCAUCCCCUGUUUUACUGGCUCACUCAAGCAAAGACCAUAGAUUUGUUUUACUUGAUAAUAAUUUUUUUAUUUAGAAGAUGUAUAUAUAUAUAUAUAUACAGUAUAUAUAUUUAUAUAUACGUAUGUAUACUGUGUAUGUAUUUAUACAUAGUAUAUAAUUGAAGGUCACCAGACCUAUUAUUUAAUCUGUGUUAAAUAAGGCUCUUUAAGUGUAACUCUACUGUAUGGACAGUGUCACAAAAUGUUGUCGCACCUCUUAUGUAAGCCCAUUGCUACUGAUGAGAAAAUUACAUGUUAUUCUCACUUACAGUAUAAGAUCAUUCAUGGAGAAUGAAACAGUAAGUAAGUGAUGUAUGUAUUGUAGCUAACGUUAUGAAAGUCACUUGAAAAAAAUACAUUUGGCUUUCUACACUAAAAUUGUCUCUUAAGAGGUUUGUUGACCAAAAGGAUGGUGAAUCAUUUGAAGUCCAUUGAUUUCAAGUAAACAUAGACUGGUGUGCUAGCCCUGAAAUUAAACAACAGUGACUAAAGAGAAAAAUAACUGACUUACUUCUUAACAUUGUAGACUAUAAAGUUUCACAUGGAGAAAUAAUGAGGAAUAAUAAUGAUGAUGUUGCUAUAAAAAACAAUAUUUUUUGAGAAGUUACAAUCCAUUCCUUAUUCUUUUCAUCAAACAUGUAGAUCUGGAUCACUUGUAUGGGAACCUUGUCUUGAAAAUCUUUAUAAAGAGAAAAAGAAUUCAUCAUUUGAUUAAAACAAUACAGAAAUAUGUUCUUGCUUUAAAGUUGUUUAUUAUUAAUGUAUUUAAAUAAAGACUAUUUGGAUUCAUGAUGGUGUAGUUGGUAGAAUUGCUGCCCCAUUGAUCCAGUGUCUUUGGUUCAGAUUCUAUGUCCAGUUGUUAGCCAUGUACCUCUGUGUAGGUUUUCUAACAGGUACUCUUGUGUCCUCCCAUAUUACCAGAGGCAUGCAAAUUAGGACAGCUGAUGACUCUAAACUGACUCCUUGUGAGUGUGCAGGAGUGGGGGCUUUGAUGGGCUGGAGUCAUGUCCACACCUUGAAUCUAGUGUUCCUGGGAAAAGCUCUGUUCUCCCACAACCCUGAAUUGGA